GGCUUUUUAGUCGCUUUAUGUGAAAAUAUGUUUGUUUUUACUCAGAAUUGCGUGUUAUUAUGUUGCUACCUUCAGUUCUGUGUCUCCAUGCAGCACUUUGUAUAUCAAAUAUUGACGGUGCAGGUCAGGAUCUCUGGUCUCCCGCUAUCCUGCAACUUUUCUAAGUCCCAACUUCUGUUCUGCUAAAUGAAAGAAGCAGUUCUGGAUCAGAACCUCUGAUCCAGGUGUGCUGCAGCAACUCUUCAGGACACGAGCCAUCUCACUGCCACACAAAGCCUUGUUUUUAUUUCUAACAGCAUUCGGGUUUUGUGUGGGUGUGAACCUAAUGGUUUUUUAAUUUUAGCUCAAACAGGUCUGACUCCCAAGGACAAGUCCAAAUCGUGGUGUGUUCUCAUUGGCUGCAGGCCGCAUUCUCCCCUUUACCUGCUCAUGGGAGUUGUAGUUUUUACUCUGCUGUGUUUUAUUGCUUUACAAAGGGCACAGUUCCCCUUAAAACUACAAUCAGAGCGCUUCCGACAGGCGGGGUUUGGUUCUUUUGGAGGUGGAGCCAUAUCCGGGGUUGAACUGUUGGUUAGUUAUGACAGUUCUGCCUACAGAAACACUUCUGCUCUGCCCCAGCAUAUGGAGAGCAGUUUCACCAACAAAAGGAGAACUUUGUUAAUAAUAUCAGAAGAAGGAAAUGAUGCUGAGAACAACUGGGUACUCUAUUAUGGUGCUGGCUUUCAGUGGACUGCUGCACUCAAAGCUCACAGGGGUUCUCGACGACUGCUUCUGUGAUGUCGAAAGCAUUGACGUUUUCAACAACUUCAAGAUUUAUCCUCGCAUCAAGAAACUGGCGGAGAGAGAUUACUUCAGAUACUACAAGGUGAACCUGAAGCGUCCAUGUCCUUUCUGGCCCGAUGAUGGACAUUGCUCCAUCAAAGACUGCCAUGUGGAGCCCUGCCCAGAGAGUAAAGUUCCUAUUGGCAUUAAGUCUGGAAAUUACAACAAGUACUCCCAGGCAGCCAACACGAUGUUGGACGAGGCUGAGUGUGAGCAGGCCAAUAAGCUCGGCGCCAUCAACAGCACCUUGAGUAACCAGAGCAAAGAGGCCUUUGUUGAUUGGGCGAGGCAUGAUGAUGCUCAGGAUCACUUCUGUGAGCUAGACGAUGAAACCUCUCCAGAUGCCGAGUAUGUGGAUCUGCUGCUGAAUCCUGAGCGAUACACCGGCUAUAAAGGGGCUUCUGCAUGGAGGGUGUGGAACAGCAUCUAUGAGGAAAACUGCUUCAAGCCCAGAUCAGUGUACCGACCUCUGAACCCUUUGGCUCCCAGUAGAGGAGACGAUGAUGGGGAAGGCUUUUACAAGUGGCUGGAAGGUUUAUGUUUGGAAAAAAGAGUUUUCUACAGACUUAUCUCAGGCCUCCACAGCAGCAUCAACAUCCACCUGUGUGCAGAGUUCUUGUUGGACGAGGGCUGGGGUCGCACGGUGUGGGGCCCAAACAUCCAGGAGUUUCGCCGCCGCUUCGACACGGCGGAGACGAAGGGCGAGGGCACGAGGCGGCUGAAGAACCUCUACUUCCUGUACCUCAUAGAGCUGCGCGCUCUCUCCAAGGUGGCGCCGUACUUCGAGCGAGCGAUUGUCAACUUGUACACUGGAAGCUCUGAGGAGGAUGGAGAAACCAAAGAGCUGCUGCUGCAGAUUUUUAAUGAGGUCAAAAGUUUCCCAAUGCACUUUGAUGAAAAGUCCAUGUUUGCCGGACACAAAAUGGAGGCCAAGACUUUAAAGGAGGAAUUCAGGCUCCAUUUCAAAAACAUUUCCCGGAUCAUGGACUGCGUGGGCUGCAGUAAGUGUCGGCUCUGGGGAAAGCUGCAGACUCAGGGUCUGGGCACGGCUCUGAAGAUCCUCUUCUCUGAAAAGGAGAUCCAGAACUUACCAGAACACAGCCCGUCGAAGGGCUUCCAGCUCAGUCGGCAGGAAAUAGUGGCUUUAAUGAACGCCUUCGGCAGGUUGUCCACCAGUAUAUAUCAGCUGCACAACUUCCGCCUGAUGUUGGAGAGGAGGUAACAGAGGAAGAGGCUCCGGCCCAGAUGAUGACGACGAUGAUGGGAGUCAACUCAACAUUUUUCCAACAUCAAAGCAUCAUUUUAUUUUUCAUCCUGCUAAACCUUGACUUUGAUUUUUGCUGUUGAGCUUUUCAGAUUUUUCUUUUUUUUUAUAAAACCCUCGGAUGAAUCGUUGUGAUGUUCGUUACGUUGCAGGACGAAUUUCCUUUCCUGUUCCUGCAGAUGUCUGAGGAUAAGAUGGACACUGCCACCACUUGCUGUUUAUUGCACUUAAUGUUUCACUUCCUCCUCUUAUGAAUCAGCUGAAGUCUGCUGACUAUUACCGAAUUCGGGGGCCUGAUUUAUUGGGCCCCAACAAAGCUUUGUGCUCUUACAGUAGUUUGUUUAUGCCACAGCUUGGAUGAAGUUCUCUACUGGAUAUGUCCACUUCUCAUGCUUCUGUUUGGCACCUUCCUGUCCUCCUAAAGCUGUAGCUGCUGAAUUUGAAAAUCAGGGUGAGGUAGACCUCUGACUCCCAUUUAUGCUAAUGUUUUGCAGCUUGUUUCAGAUGAGGUCAGAAUGACCCUGACAACUGGAGGGUAGGGCUGGGCAAUGCAUCAAAUGUUUGAUUUUUUCUUUUCAACAAAGCUCUCCUUGUGUUUCACAGUUCAGAGUGACAUGCAGAGGGCCGCCACCGUGCUUCACUUACAACUUUGAUUUUUUUGUGUUUUGAAUUGAGGCCAACUCUGAUAAAGUAUUCGGGUCAGUAUUUUAAAUUUUUUUAAAGGUUUUUUUGUUGGCUGUAGUGGCCUUUAUUUGAAAGUAGUUUGACAGAAAAGAGGGUUAUGAGAGAGGUGGAAGACAUGCAGCAAAUGUCACCAGGCUGGGACUCGAACCUGCGACCACCGGCACGAGGACUAAGGCCUCAAUAUGUGGGUUGUGCAUUUAUUUUCUCUCAUUUGUAAUUUGUUGUUUACAAAAGAGAGCAAGAAGAAUAAAAUGGAUUAACAUUGGAUCUAGUACAAAAAAAAUAUUUUAUUUUUAAGUUCUAUGGCCCACCCUACUGGAGGGUCAUUAGAGAAAUUUACACUACCAUAUUUUUCGGACUAUAAGCCGCUACUUUUCCCCCUGUACCAUGCGGCUUAUUGCCUGGGGUGGCUUUUCUGUGGAUUUUUUCUUCAACCGCCAGGGGGGGCUGUUUAGCAAGAAGUGAAUUAUUGGAAGUCAAACUUGGAAAUCAAAGAAGAAAGCGCUAAUUUUCAUUUAGAACAAGCACAUGCUAGCGGCAGGCACGACGGAGAAAUGUUUUCAAAAUCCUACCCCCUCUUCAAGGAAACAACAGUUCAUAUGAUAACGCUUUUAAGUUGAAGGCACGUAAGCUCGGCGUGAACGAAUCCAUGGUUCGGCGUUGGAGACGCAGGGCUGUCCUUGAUAGGAGAGUAGAAAACCGAGAGCGGAGAUAACAGCGUCUUAUACGUUUCCAGUUUAACCCCCCCCCAAAAAAAAAACAAAAAAAAAAAACCCACAUUGUGUGUGGGGAAACUCUGUAUUCUUUUUUUUGACCCAGUUUAAGCCUCUUGGACUCUGAUAGCCGCUUUGGCUUCACACAUUCAGACUGAGGUUGUUGCAGUGGACUCCUUCACUAUUUAAUUAUUUUGGCUUCGGAGGAAUCUCAGAAUUUGGUUUUAUGCUAUAGAAGUUGAACUUGAAGAGCUCGUUUAUGUGCAAAUUGUCUCUUUUUUGAAUUACUUGCAGCAUACUGUUUGACUUUAGAUCAGUUCUGAACAUUUUAGGAACACAGUUAUUUUACAGAUAACACUGGACACAUAGUAGCAAACAGCGAGGGAAGCCGGACGUUUUUAAGAAUAAGGAUCUGUUUCCUCAAAGGCAGGACUGAGAGGACUGGAAGCUGCUGUGGUUUUUGCUGCCUUUUCCAAAGACCUUUGGAGAGAUGGAGUUGAGGUUUUCCUACUAAUUUAUUUAGUAAAAAAUGCAUUCCAAUAUAACACAUUUGAAAGCAACUUCAAACAAGCAAUCCUACUGAUGUGUGCAGUGUUAGGUCAAGGAAUAACAGAAAAACAUUUUUGCUUUUCUAAAUCAUUGCAGGCCAGAAGGGAAAGAUGAUUGUUUUCCUUUCUGCCUUCCAAAAGGCUCAAGGUCUUCUAAAGGAAAACUGUGAAACUGUGGUGCCUGGACCUUUUAUGUAAUAAAUAAGAAUAACAAAACAUUGAA